CAUUUAGUUUGUCCUGACUUUUGUCCCUUAAAUGCCCCCAAAGUAAUUCUGCCAAGAGACUUUUGUUCAAUGCUUUUUAAGGUUUUUGAAGACAGGAUACCCUGCCUGUUAGACGCAGACUGGCAGCAUUGAGGUUGACACAAAAGAAUAAAUGUGUUGAUGCUUCUGCAGCCUUUAGUUUGAAAGUUGUUGCAGGAGUUUAAACAAAAUAAUCUGAUUGUUGUGGUCUGGUUUGUGCUGCUCAGUGUAUCUAAUGCCAGCUCAGACUCUUGUGGUUUUGGGGGUGUUAAAGUGCUCACAUCUUCAGCAGAAUAAUUAUUUAUAUUGCCCAGUGAAAUAGGAAGUAAUGACACUCUUCUCAAGACAAAGAAGAAGCCAUUUUAGAUCAGAGCGGCGCUGCGUUUCAGUCGGUUCUCUUCUGGUUUCUGGUGUCUGAUCAUGGAUCUGCGUCGGAUCAUCCUCCCGGUGUUUCUGGUGUUUGCUGAGGCCGAGAACGUGACCGUAGUCAAGGCAACGCUGGGUCAAAACGCCACCUUUACCUGCUCAGGGGAAACUACAGACACAUUCUGGUUCAUAAAGAUUAGCAGCCAGGUCAAAGGAUUAAUCGUCCGGACCCUCGGUACAGACUUUACCCAGUAUUACAUUUAUCCCGAAACCAAAUAUAUUGCUAAGGGAAACGUAUUGGAGAUUACAAACAUCACAGCAGAGGAUCGCCGGCUUUACUUCUGUGCCAGAAGGGAACGAGGCAACAUGACUUUUACAGACACUUUUCUCCUCGUUUCAGAUGAUCCUAUAACUCCGUCCACCACCAACAGCUCUGAAGGAAACGACCAACAGCAGCAGUACAGCUGCAUACUGUGCCAGAGUGACGUCGUUUACAGCUCGUUGGCUCUGAACAUCCUCCUCAUCUUAGUGAUAAUAGGUGAGUCUGUUUUUACCAGCGGACUCUGUGGUCCACUGCUCUAAAAAUACAGACAGUUUCUGCAUGUGUACGUCAGCUCAGAGGCGUCCUGUUGUCCUCUUAUGAACUCCUUUUG